CGUGUUCUUCUUCUAGUUGCUUCAGAUGUUGACGCGUUAUGUGCUUGUAAAAUACUCCAAGCUUUGUUUCAAUGUGAUCAUGUGCAAUAUACACUUGUCCCAGUAUCUGGAUGGCAGGAACUUGAAACUGCCUUUCUCGAGCAUAAAGAUCAGUUCAAAUAUUUUAUUCUUAUUAAUUGUGGUGCCAAUGUUGACCUUCUGGAGAUCUUGCAGCCUGAAGAAGACACCUUUUUUUUCGUAUGUGACAGCCACAGACCUAUCAAUGUAGUGAAUGUUUACAAUGACACACAGAUUAAGCUAUUAGUUAAACAAGAUGAUGAGCUCAAUGUUCCUGCUUAUGAUGAUAUCUUCAGAGAUGAUGAGGAUGAAGAAGAGGACUCAGAGAAUGAAAGCGAUGGGUCAGAACCUUCAGAGAAACGUAGACGUUUUGAAGAGGAUGUAAUAGAGAGAACAAUGAAAAGGCGACAAAGGCGAGAGUGGGAGGCACGCAGACGAGAAAUUCUUUUUGAUUAUGAGCAAUAUGAGUACCAUGGGACCUCAUCUGCGAUGGUGAUGUUUGAUCUGGCGUGGAUAAUGUCUAAAGACUUAAAUGACAUGUUGUGGUGGGCUAUUGUUGGCCUAACAGAUCAAUGGAUCCAAGAUAAAAUCACUCAAAUGAAGUAUGUGACUGAUAUUGGAAUCCUACAGCGUCACGUGUCUCGCCAUAACCACCGCAAUGAGGAUGAAGAAAAUUCUCUGUCAAUUGAUUGCGUGCGAAUAGCAUUUGAAUAUGAUCUGCGCCUGGCCCUUUAUCAGCACUGGUCUCUAUAUGAAAGUCUCUGUAACACUUCGUAUACCUCUGCAAGCUUUAAGCUUUGGUCUGUACAAGGGCAGAAGAGGCUCCAGGAGUUCUUGGCUGACAUGGGUUUGCCUUUGAAGCAAGUGAAACAGAAAUUUAAUUCCAUGGACAUGUCUUUGAAAGAAAAUCUUCGGGAAAUGAUUGAAGAAUCUGCAAACAAAUUUGGAAUGAAGGAUUUAAGAGUUCAAACCUUCAGCAUUCAUUUUGGCUUUAAGAACAAGUUCUCAGCAAGUGAUAUAGUUUAUGCAACAGCUUCUCUCAUGGAGAAUGUAGAGAAAGAGGGGCCUGAAACAACUAAUUUCAUUAAAGCUUUGGACAGUCUCUCCAGGGGUAACCUGGACAAACUGCACCAUGGACUGGACCUUGCCAAAAAACAGUUACGUGCCAUUCAGCAGACAGUAGCCAGCUGUAUUUGCACCAACCUUGUAAUUUCUCAAGGGCCUUUUCUCUAUUGCUCUCUCAUGGAGGGCACACCAGAUGUGAAACUGUUUUCCAAACCAGUGUCUCUGUGCCUACUCAGUAAAUACUUACUGAAAUCGUUUGUUUGUUCUACAAAGAACAAGCGCUGUAAAUUGCUGCCACUGGUAAUGGCUGCACCGAUGGUUGUUGAACAGGGAACUGUGAUCAUGGUGGGGAUUCCUCCAGAGACAGAAAGCUCUGACAAAAAAAACUUUUUUGGAAGAGCUUUUGAGAAAGCUGCAGACAGUACCAAUUCUAGGACUUUGCACAACCAUUUUGACAUGUCAAUAAUUGAAUUGAAAACAGAAGACCGGAGCAAAUUUCUGGAUGCACUCAUUUCUCUCUUGUCCUAAUGUGGUGCUUUUUGGCUCCUUGUGCUGGAAGCUGAGGAUCAGAUGCUCUGAAAUUAUUUCAGAUGUUCCAGAGUUCAUGGUGCUGCAAUUGUGAUGUAUCGUCUUGCUUUAUUUUAAAUGUACCGGUACAGGCCUGGACU